AACCCUUGCUAAAUAUUGUAAUGGCUGCAGUGAAUAUUGUUGUGUUUGGCUGUGGCCGGAUGGGGAGUGUACACUUGACAACCCUGGCUGGGUUGACCGGGGUGAGGAUCAAGUGGGUGGUUGAUGAAGCAGGCGUCCACCCCAGGGUCCAGCAGGUGCUUGAAUCCCUCCGACUGCAGACCACAAACAUUGCUGACAUCGCAGACAUUGACACAGUCCUGGGAGACAAGGAGGUGACGAGUGUGGUGAUCUGUACCCCUGCCUCAACCCACGAGUCCCUGAUACAGGCUGCACUAAAGGCAGGAAAGCAUGUGUUCUGUGAGAAGCCCAUCGGUCUGAGCAGUGAUAGUGUGACGUCCAGCUACCGACUCGCAGCUGAGAAGGGCCUGACACUGUACUGUGGCUUCCAGAGACGAAAGGAUGCAGAUUUCAGUCAAGUAUGCACCAAGAUCAGACAGGGUGUCAUUGGCACGCUACGCUUAAUCAAGGUCACGUCGAGAGAUGGCCCAUCCCAUAAUACGGCGGACUUCCUCAAACACUCAGGUGGACUAUUUCUGGACAGCUGCGUCCACGACUUGGAUGUUGUGUGCUGGUUGGCUGGGGAACGCCCCCUGACUUUAGUUGCGUAUGGCCACGCCCAUGAAGAGAUGUUUGCGGAGUGCCAGGAUGUAGACAUGACUUCUAUCAUGGUCAAAUUCCCCAGCGGUACCAUAGCAACCAUAGACAACUCCCGGAUUGGAGCAGAGUAUGGCUACGACCAGAGGCUUGAGGUACUGGGCUCUUCGGGGAUGUUAAAGAUCGAGAAUCCCCGGACCAGUAACGUACAACAGUGGGGCGAUGUCGGGACGGUGCUCGCUCCAAUGAUCCACGACGGAGUACAGCGAUACCUGGCAGCUUACAGGAAGGAGAUGGGCCACUUCAUUGACAUUGUUAAAGGUGAGAGAGAGUGUGACAUGACUGCUGAGAGUGUCAUCACAGUCAGCCAGAUGGUGGAACUCUGCCAGGAGUCUCUCCACGCUGGGGGCUCUCACUGCCUCUGCCGCAGCUCCAAAUAUAGGCUCCACAGACAGCUCCAUGUGCAGGCUCCACACGCUGGCUAAUUAUAAUCUUGAUCGGAUGUGAUAAACAGAUAUUAAUUUUGUCAUGUCAUUAUUGUUUUCACUGUUAUUAAGAAACGGUCAAUAAAACAUCAACCUCA